AUUAACAUGGAGAACACAACCAGAGUGAAGGAAUUCAUUCUUCUGGGCCUCUCAGUGAAUGAAGGGGUGGAGAAAAUAUGUUUUGUGAUGUUUCUGUUCUUCUACAUGAUGAUUGUGGCAGGAAAUCUGCUCAUUGUUAUCACUGUAACUAGCAGCCAACGUCUGAACUCCCCCAUGUACUUCUUCCUCUGCUACUUGUCCUUUGUGGAUAUCUGCUACUCUUCUGUCACAGCUCCCAAAAUGAUUGCUGACUUCCUUGCUGAAAAUAAAACCAUCUCCUUUGCGGGUUGCAUAGCUCAGCUCUUCGGGGUGCAUUUCUUUGGUGGCACAGAGAUCUACCUCCUCACAGUGAUGGCCUACGAUCGCUACGUUGCCAUCUGCAGACCCCUCCACUACACCACCCUCAUGACCAGGCGUGUGUGUGGUUGGAUGGUGAUUGGCUCGUGGGUAGGAGGCUUUGUGCACUCCAUCGUGCAGGCUCUUCUAACCACUCAGCUCCCCUUCUGUGGCCCUAACAAAAUUGACCACUACUUCUGUGAUGUCCACCCCCUACUACAGCUGGCCUGUACCGACACCUACGCCGUGGGCAUCGUUGCCGUUGCCAACAGUGGAAUUCCUCUGAGCUGUUUCUUCAUCCUGCUCAUGUCCUACGUGGUCAUUCUGGGUUCCUUGAAGAGUCAGACACCCAAAGGCUGGCGCAGGGCCCUCUCCACUUGUGGGUCCCACAUCACCGUGGUGAUCCUGUUCUUUGGGCCAUGCAUAUUCAUCUACAUACGUCCAUCCAGCAGUCUGCUGGAGGACAAGGCUGUGGCAGUGUUUUACACCAUCAUCACACCCGUGCUGAACCCACUCAUCUACACGCUGAGAAACGAGGAGGUGAAGAGUGCCAUGAGGAAACUGUGGAGCAGGAAAGUGGGAAGGGAAAGCAGGAAGCUGUAG